CUUGGAUGUGGUUUCACAAAAAAUAUCCACAGUGCUGCCAAUUUGCGGUUUAUCUAAAACUUGCCCGAUAGCCUUUUAAUAAGUUCUCCUAUAAAAUUCAGUGGCGCUAAAACUGCAGUGUUAUGAUCAAAAUGAGUCUGUUUUUGAUUUACACAAGUCUUGCUCCCCUCGGUAUAUCCACGAAGAACAUAUUUCUAUACAUUUUGUUGAAUUUGCUGUACAUGGGCCAGUAUUAAAGACUUUGAAAAUGGUUAAAAGUGGAAAAAAUUCAUACUUUUUGCUGUUCGACGCCCCAUCAGCUCUCCCCUUGGCCGAUUCGGAAAUUGUAUCCGACGAUGCCAUUCUGAGCGAUCCAGUUCCAGCUCAGGACCCUAGAAAAGAAAUUACCAUUGAUGCUUCCAUUCAGGCCAACGCUCAUGUAGUGGUUCCGGAAUCAGUUGCCGAGAAGCUUGUACAAAUUAUGGUGGAGGCUUUCAAUACUCAGAAGUCUGGAAAAGUCAAAAGGCCGCAAAGUCCCAGUAAGCUCAUAACCUGUGAUUUAUUGCCUCUGGUUGGUUCAAAACUUUGUGUGCUGUCCAUUGUAUUGCUUUGGGACACCGCAGUGGCUACUGCAAUGGAAGAUCUAUCUGCCAAUGUCGUGAUUAAGAGCUGAAAUUUGAAAGAUAGAAUUGCGAAUAAGGAUUGGACUUCGACUGAUUAUUACAUAAUUACAUUUAAUACCAUUAAAAUAUGGCAUUUCUGUGUGUUCAAAUACAAGUCAAUGAAUUGUUUUAGUUCCGGCGAUCGAUAACUAACAAGUGCUCCAUUUAUUUAGUUUAUAUUAUCAAGUGGAUACACUUAUUUAUUUAUAUCUCAUUUUGAAGCACCUUAACCUUCACUAUAUGAUAACAAACUAUGUAUGGAUGUACAAGUUUAUAUAUGUAUGUAUGUAUGUAAAUGUUAGUGUAUUAUUUGGACUUUAAAAGCCACAACCCGUUGCACAAUGAAUCAGUUUGGCCUGAUAGCGACUUCUAAAAACAUGAAAAUUAUCAUUAUUAUUUCUGCUGUGCUUUGUAGCUUUUUGCUGUUUCACAGCACAAGGGCUUUGCAACCCUUUGAUACGCAAAUAUACUCUGAUCACGUGGAACAACCAAAAGACCUUAAAGAAAAUAAUGGUGACAUUACAAUAGAUGGCUCUAUUGAAUCCAGUGCACUCAUCGAAGUUCCGGAGUCGGUAGCCAAGGAUUUAUUAAAAGUUAUGGUCGAAGCUUUUCAACACAUGCAAAUUUCUAGCGACGAAACUGUUGAAGUCCAUGUUAAUACUGUUGAAGAGGAACCUGCAAGCGUAGCGAGUGAAGCGCAAAACCGUGCCUCUUGUGACUCAGGGUACUGUAAUAUGUACUGUCUUUCGAUAGGACGCCACGGUGGAUAUUGCAGCGUUUGGUCGGCAUGUUUGUGCGUAUAACGCAUAUAGAAUUUAAAAAGUAUAUGUAUAUUUAAGAACAAAGCAAGUUAUAGUGAAUUUCACAAUAUUUUUAUACUCUCGCAACAUGUUGCUACAGAUUAUAGUAAUUUUGUUCACCAAACAGUUAUUUGCAUCACCUAUGUGGAUAUACCAUAGAGUUAUACUUAGUUCUGCCAGAAGUUCUGUUACAAGUUCAGGCCGUUAUUAAAAUGAAACGAUAAUAUCUUUUUUAAUAGAAUUAAUUUUACUUGAUAACACUGA